GAGAGAGAGAGAGAGAGAGAGAGACUCAAUACAUCUCGGAGGAAAAUAUCUCAUGGGCACACGAAAAGAAAAUGUCGCAAAUGUUUGAGCGGAUAUUUGUCAUUCUGGUCAUCUUUCAAUAUACACAUCAACAGCCAAGCGCUGACUUUUAUGAAGAGAAGGCGACGGUGCAUUUAAAAUGUGAACCACCGAGCAAGGGGAAUAUUAUUAACUGGAUCCGAAUACGGGAGGACAAAAUUGAGUUUAUAGCAUCAUUUACUACAACGGGCGAAGCAAAGACGAAUCCCUACGCCAGUUUGUUCAGCGCUGAAAAGAUCAAUCAGAACAUCUUAACUCUGAAAGAGUUCCAGAAGGCACGAGACAGCGGAAUUUACAGUUGUGCUUCAUUCAACAAAAAUGCGUUGCAUUUCGGGAAGUCGACUCGCAUCCAGGGAAAGCAAGAAGCGAGACCAACGAUAAAGACUACGGCAGCAGCCACCGCCGCAUUACCAAGGCCCAGAGACAUCACCUGCUCCUCCGUUCCCUGCACGUGCCAGACCCCCGCGGUUACCAAGGUGUUGCACCCCAACAUAAAAUGUGAGCUGAUGAUUUUUGCCCCUCUGGUUGGUGGUUGUGGUGUACUCAUCCUCAUCCUCAUCAUCACCAUCUGUUACUGCAACCGAAUAAGAACGAAGCGAUGCCCCCACCAUUAUAAAAGAACGCCGAGGAAUCCCACACCAGUGCGCCAAGCCACGCCGGACAGAUACGUCUAAACCAGAGCAGUGCUGAUGAUCGAGCUUCUUGGAAACAGAAGGCCCACCUAAAGCGGCUCGUCACUGAUACUGCCCACGACUCCGCUGUAUGCGCAGACAGCCACUGGCAUCCAGAGCGGAUGCAGCGCAGAUGAUUGUCAACGGCAAACGAAUAAUAGUGUUCCCCUAAUUCCAUCAAUAUUAAAAAAAAAAUUAUUAUAGGCUAGCCUACACAACGGAAGUUUUGAACUGAUGCCGGUGAAUACAAAAUGUAAAAAUUAACUUACCGGGAGAAAUGUACGUGUAAGCUGCACUAAUUUAACCAUUGAUCAGUCUUCAAUCAUUAAUCAGUCAUUUGCAGUGUAGUAGGCUACUUGUUCAUAUUUGCUAGCCUUUUGCUUUCCUUUGCAUCAUCAAUAGCCUUUCAGUUAAAACCAGUAAAAACUAGGCAUAACAUAUUUGUCAGAAUUUACCGAUACCACCAAAUCUUUUUUUACACAUGCAUACAUUUUUAAACCGUUAAUCUUAGAUAGUUCCUAUGCCAAUCAUACGGCUCGAUAUUUAGGUUAGGCUACACUGUGCGGGUUUGUAGGCUGCUUCAACAUCUUUUAAAAAUAUAAGUUGAUCAAAAUUUAUCAUGUGACCCUGAACAUUCUGUAUACUGUAUAAUAGCUACAAUGAUUUAUGUGGAAUUUAUUUUCAUGCGGUCAAUAAAAGGAAAAUGACUAAUCGC